AGUGGCGUUCAUCGCACCGCGCUGUGCGUUCUGCUGCUCUCAUGGAUUUCCACCGGAUCUUUCCGCGCGGGAUUAUCGCGUUUGGCUUUUAGGAUCGCGCUUGGAGUUAGAGUAUGAUUCACAGACAGCUCAUACUGUCCCAGAACCUGUACCAGAGCAGGUUUCUGGGCCUGGCAGCCAUGGCCUCUCCGUCUCGCCGGCGGUGUAAGAGCGAGACACGCUUCAGCUCGGCUCGAUCCACCAGCGACACGGACCUGGUGUCCUUACAGAGCCGCUCCACCCUGAGCGCCAGCACCUCGCUCUACUGCAUCGGACAAUCAGACCAGCUCGUCAUCUGCUGGGACAUCAGAGAGGAGGUGGACACCGGCGACUGGAUCGGCAUGUACCUCAUCGACGAGGUUCUGUCAGAAAACUUUCUGGACUAUAAGAGUCGUGGCGUGAGCGGCUCCCACAAAGGCCAGAUCGUGUGGAGAAUCGAUGCCAGCUUGUACUUCAUGGAGGCUGAGACGAAGGUUUGCUUCAAAUAUUAUCAUGGUAUGAGUGGAGUGCUCAGAGCCACAACGCCCAGCGUGACGGUGCAAAACCCCUCUGCCAAUGCGCUGAAGCCUGUCAUCAGUCAGGAGCGUCCUCAGACUCCGGGCUGCAGGAGACUCAUCAGCUUCUCUCUGUCAGACAUUCAGGCAGUGGGUCUGAAGAAGGGAAUGUUCUUCAAUCCCGACCCGUAUCUGAAAAUCUGCAUCCAGCCUGGAAAGCACAGCAUCUUCCCUGCGCUGCCUCACCACGGUCAGGAGAAACGCUCCGGCAUCAUCUGCAACACGAUCAACCCCGUCUGGAAGAGAGAGAUUUGCUUAUUCUCUCUGGUAGAUGAUGAGGAGGUGUCCCUCAAUGCAAUGUCGAUCUUUGAUACGACACCUGAGCAGGAGCCCAAUGAGGACCUACCACCAGCUUCUGAUCUGCCUCUGGAGGAUGCAUUGAGUUUGGGACCUGACAUUCUGGAGCCGCCUAACGAAAGUCCUCCAGAGGUAGAGACCCAAGAUGCUGUGCUGCUCACCUCUCUAGAUGAGCCCAGUAAGGAUACCCAACCAGAAGCAGAAGGAUCAGCUGAUGAGCUUUUAACAGCUCGAGCAGAGACACUAUUGAGCGAUGCCACUCAAGGAGAAACUGCGGAGCAAGACCCUGGAAAAACAGAGUCCGAGGAGAUGCAGGAGGAUACUGUGACUGAGACUCUUUUGGAGGUUCUGGAGAACCAUGAAGCUGAAGACACGGGUGGACCAACUGGAAUGGGACCUACUGGAGAGCAUGCAGAGGUUGAGAGAUGCACAAGCUCAGAGCAGUUGGAAGGAGAUGGGAAUGAGGAAGAACCCUGUUCGCCAAGGAUGCGGAGUGCCUUGAAGCGCAAGAGCCGACCCUGUUCGCUUUCGGUGUCCGAGUUAGAGACGGUCAUCGCCUCGGCCUGUGAUGAACCAGAGACACCACGUUCUCACUACAUCCGCAUUCAUCAUCUGCUGCACAGCUUGCCAUCAGCUCAGUGCCACAAUGACAGCCAAGAUGAAGACGAGGUACUUGAUCGGGAAUCUUCUGAGGAAGUCACUCUGAAACCCCAAGAGGACAAAGAGGAAGAAGACGAGGUCUCAGAAGCCCAGUCUCCAUCCAUUGUGCCCGAGUGUCCUAGGCCUUGUUGCAGGCGUACCCUACCACGUAGCCUCUCCAUCGAGCGCCUGUCUGAAAUCAACCAACUUUUGGAAGGUGAAAGACCCUCACCUUCCACCCUCCGACUGGAAAGCGAACACAUGGAAGUGGGUGGUGGAGGCGGAAGCAGAAGGGAACCUCGAGAGAGUGAGUGCGAACUGUGUGAUAACUCCUGCUACAGCACUUCCUGUUACAGCACGUCCUGUUACAGCACUUCCUGUUACAGUAACUCAGGUUAUGAGGGGCGUAACCAUCUUUGCAGCCACAUGCGCCUCUCUUCAGUUGACAGCACCCGUCUGUCGGAGAGCACCGUUUUCUCCUCGCAGGAGGAAGAGGAGGAGGAGAACAGUGCUUUUGAAUCCGUCUCGGACUCAGUGCAGAGUCCAGAUAUAAGGGAGCCAGGAGACGGGUUGCUUCAUUGGAGGGAGUCGUCAUCGGAAGAAAGUCCCCAGAGAGAAGGGGAGGUGGAGAUCUCACCAGUACCUGGGCCUAGUGUAAGGUCAACAGGCAGUUGUCAUAUGCAAUGCCGUCAUCAUGCAAUCACUCAGCUUCCUGCUUUCCGGCCUGAUCCCCAUCAUCACCCAAGUGUUGAUGAACCAUUACCACCAAACUGGGAGGCCCGGAUAGACAGUCACGGCCGUGUUUUCUACGUGGAUCAUGUGAACCGCACCACCACGUGGCAGAGACCCAGCCAUGCAGCCAAAUGCAGCGGCAUCCGGAGAUCUGGCUCCACUCACCAGAUGGAGCAGCUCAACCGGAGGUAUCAGAACAUCCAGAGGACGAUGGCCACCGAAGACGAACCGGCCGGCCGCGGACCUGAGAGAAACCGCGCAGGAGACACAGAGACUGAAUCCACUACACAAGCUCCAGAUCAGAGCAGAGAAGGUCCUUCAUCUCCUGUGAAUAAUCAGAACAUGACGCUGCUGCUCCAGUGUCCAGCCGUGAAGUUUGUGACGCACCCAGAAUUCUUUUCUGUCCUCCACGCUAACUACGGUGCGUAUCGGAUGUUUACUAACAGCACCUGCCUGAAGCACAUGAUUCUGAAAAUACGGCGAGAUGUGCGCAACUUUGAGCGAUAUCAACACAACCGCGACCUCGUCUCUUUCCUCAACAAAUUCACCGAUUCUCAGCUAGAGCUUCCGAGAGGCUGGGAGAUCAAGACAGACCCGCAGGGCAAGUCGUUCUUUGUGGACCACAACAGUCGUGUGACGACCUUCAUUGACCCCAGGAUUCCCCUUCAGAACGAACAUCUGCUGAAUCACCUCACACACAGACAACACUUACAGAGACUGCGCAGCUACAGCGCCGGAGAGUUCAGACCUUUCAAAAGCUACUCAGUGUGGAAAGAACGCAGCGAGAGUGGAAAUGUGAGAUUGUGUGAAUGUUUACGUGCUCCGUGCAUGCUUUCUCUCAGGGAGAAAAUCCAUUACAUCAGAACUGAAGGUCCUCAGGGCGUUGAAAAGCUGUCCUGUGACGCCGACCUGGUCAUGCUGUUAAGUCUGUUUGAUGAGGAGAUCAUGUCGUAUAUCCCAUCUCACUCUUUCCACCCCGGCCUCAGCUUCUCUCCACGCUGCUCUCCCGGAUCCUCACCUCAGAGUUCACCGGGCUUGCAGAGGGCCAGAGCGCCCGCUCCAUACCGCAGAGACUUUGAGGCAAAACUUCGCAAUUUUUACAGGAAGCUGGAGGCUAAAGGCUACGGCCAGGGACCAGGAAAAAUCAAGCUCAUCAUCAAAAGGGAACAUCUACUGGAAGGCACCUUUAAUCAAGUAAUGGCCUACUCACGCAAAGAGCUCCAGAGAAACAAGCUCUACAUCACCUUUGUAGGAGAGGAAGGUUUGGAUUACAGCGGCCCAUCGCGGGAGUUCUUCUUCCUGUUGUCUCAGGAGCUGUUUAACCCCUACUACGGUCUGUUUGAGUACUCAGCCAAUGACACGUAUACAGUGCAGAUCAGCCCCAUGUCUGCAUUUGUAGAGAACCAUUUGGAAUGGUUCCGUUUCAGUGGCCGUAUUUUGGGUCUGGCUCUGAUCCACCAGUAUCUGUUGGAUGCUUUCUUCACUCGACCGUUCUACAAGGCCCUGCUCAGACUAGUGACAGAUCUGAGUGAUUUGGAAUACCUGGAUGAUGAGUUCCACCAGAGCUUACAGUGGAUGAAGGACAACGAUAUCACGGAUAUCCUGGAUCUGACGUUUACAGUCAACGAGGAGGUCUUUGGACAGGUCAUAGAGAGGGAACUGAAGUCGGGAGGCUCCAAUACCCAAGUGACGGAGAAGAACAAGAAGGAAUACAUUGAGCGCAUGGCUAAAUGGAGGGUGGAGAGGGGGGUUAUGCAGCAGACCGAAGCCCUUGUAAGAGGUUUCUAUGAGGUCGUAGACUCCCGUCUGGUUUCAGUGUUCGAUGCUCGUGAGCUGGAGUUGGUCAUUGCAGGGACGGCUGAGAUCGAUUUGAACGACUGGAGAUCCAACACAGAAUAUAGAGGAGGUUACCACGAUGGGCAUGUUGUGAUUCGUAGUUUCUGGGAUGCGGUGGAGCGCUUCAAUAAUGAGCAGAGGCUGCGCCUGCUGCAGUUCGUGACGGGAACGUCCAGUGUCCCCUACGAGGGUUUCGCAGCGCUCCGUGGGAGCAACGGCCUGCGGCACUUCUGCAUUGAAAAGUGGGGAAAGAUUACCUCUCUACCAAGGGCACACACAUGCUUCAACCGUUUGGAUCUGCCUCCCUAUCCAUCGUACCCUGUGCUGUAUGAGAAACUUCUCACCGCUGUGGAGGAGACCAGCAGCUUUGGUCUGGAGUGAAGAUGAUUGAGACUUGAUUUUUUUUUUAUUACUGCAAAAACGUUUUCAGUAACUUGGUCCACAGGAGACUUUUUAGAGAUUUUUAAAUCUGAGAAUUUUGUUUCAAAUGACUUGAAAUAGCAUGCUUCUGCACUAAAACACAAGAUAUAUAGUACUUUGUGGGAGUGUGGGGUCCAACAUGUAUGCAAUAGGGAAAAAUUCGCUCCGGCCUAUUGCAUCUUACUCGUGUUUGUCCUUGGCAUCAUUCUAUUGGUUAGGCACCAGUACGUCUCCUUUCUGAUUGGUUAUUACCUUAACAUGUGGUAAACUGAGAUUUCCAAUGCCUGGCUAUGUUUGAAAUGGAAUACUAACAUAUUGCUUAAUACUGCACAGUAUAUACUGUACUUCAUACUGCCAGUAUUAUUUUUUUUAAGUUCUGUAGUAUGCAAAACAUAUGCAAUAAAUAAACACUUCCAAGUGCAGUAUGCAAUGCAGUUGUCACAUGACCUCAUUACACUGCAUGUUUCAUAAUAAAGCAUGUAUCUCCCACUUUGCAUAUCAGCAAUAAAGAGUUAUUUUGCAUUUUUAAUGUGUGAAUGAUCAGAUAAAAGUCCAAGAUUGGUAUUGCAUCAAGUAGUCACACUGCAUUAUGACAUACAGUACUCUAGAUAUGCACUGUGGUGAAUAUAAAACAUUAUCUAGGUAUUGUAUGCUUACAGAUAACAUUCAUAAUGUGCAUGUUAUGGAUCCUGCAUAUAUAGUAUGAGUAGUAUGCUAGUACACUAUUCUGAACAUAGCCCUUGACCAAACCUUAAAGGAAUAGUUCACCCAAAAAUGAAAAUGUGCUGUUAAUUUACUCACCCUCAGGCC